AGCUCCUGGGUGUGGGUGCUUUGGAAAAAUGCAAGAUGCCGCGGCUGCUGCUUCCCCGGUGGGGUCUGCGCAGGGGGAGAGCCCUUCAUUAAAGGGGGAAGACCUUCUCCGGCUGGAAUCUGCCCCCCUAGGGCAGCCCUGGGCUCUGCGGACCCCACCCCCUGAGCUGGAGACAGCAGGUGACACCGGGAUGGCGAGUGAGAACGGGGAGGAGAAGCCCCAGCAGGAUGCUGGUGAUCCAGGAGGACGUUUGCUGUGGUUGGCCAAAGCCUGUGAGAGUCAGCCCAGGGCGGAGGAACCCGUCAGGAGCUGCUCACGCCGUAUGAGGCACCGGAGCGUCCUCACGGGCGAGAGACCCUACCCAUGCGCUGAGUGUGGGAAAAGCUUCAGCCAGAGCUCCUCUCUUAUUAGACACCAGAGAAUCCACACAGGCGAGACCCCGUUCGCAUGUGCCGAGUGCGGGAAACGCUUUAGCCAGAGCUCUUCCCUGGUCACCCACCGGAGAAUCCACACCGGCGAGACGCCCUACACCUGUGCCGAGUGCGGGAAAAGCUUCCGGCGGAGCUCAAACCUGAUCACGCACCAGAGAAUCCACACCGGCGAGACGCCCUACACCUGCGCCGAGUGCGGGAAAAGCUUCCGGCAGAGCUCAAACCUCAUCACGCAUUGGAGGAUCCACACCGGCGAGACGCCCUACACCUGCGCCGAGUGCGGGAAACACUUCAGCCAGAGCUCAACCUUCAUUCGACAUCAGACCAUCCACACCGGGGAGACUCCCUACGCCUGCUCCGAGUGUGGGAAAAGCUUCAAUCGGUGCUCUGCCCUGAUCACGCACCGGAGGAUCCACACGGGAGAGACGCCCUACAGCUGCGCCGAGUGUGGGAAACGCUUCAGUCUGAGCUCGACCCUCAUCGCACAUCGGAGGAUCCACACCGGAGACACGCCCUACACCUGCGCCGAGUGCGGGAAAAGCUUCCGGCAGAGCUCAAACCUGAACACCCAUCGGAGGAUCCACACCGGGGAGAUGCCCUAUGUCUGCGCCGAGUGCGGGAAACGCUUCAGUCAGAGAUCAACCUUUAUUAGACAUCGGCGAGUCCACACGGGGGAGACGCCUUACCCGUGCUCUGAGUGCGGGAAAAGCUUCCGGCAGAGCUCCACCCUCAUCACGCAUUGGAGAAUCCACAUGGAAGAGGCCCCCUACGCAUGCUCCAAGUGCGGGAAACGUUUUAGCCACAGCUCUGCCCUUAUUAGACAUCUGAGGAUCCACACUGGGGAGACUCCUUACCCCUGCUCUGAGUGCGGGAAACGUUUCAGCCACAGCUCUGCUUUGACCACGCACUGGAGAAUCCACACGGGAGAGACGCCCUACAAAUGCUCCGAGUGCGGGAAAAGCUUCCUGCGAAGCUCCGGCCUCCGCACCCACUGGAGGAUCCACACCGGCGAGACGCCCUACACAUGCUCCGAGUGCGGGAAGAGCUUCAGCCACAGUUCCACUCUGACCACCCACCGGAGAAUCCACACCGGGGAGACGCCCUAUGCCUGCGCCGAGUGCGGGAAACGCUUCCGACAGAGAUCCAGCCUCAUCACACACCGGAGGAUUCACACCGGAGAGACGCCCUACGCCUGCUCCGAGUGUGGGAAACGCUUCCGGCAGAGCUCAAACCUUAUAUCUCAUCAGAGAAUCCACAUGGGGGAGACACGCUGAAUGUGCUCUGAGUGCGGGAAAAACUUCCGUCAUGGCGCAUCCUUCCUCAGACACCAGAGAAUCCCCAUGGGUGAGAGACCCUAUACGUGCGUCGAGUGUGGGAAAAGCUUCAGUGAGAGCUGUGCCCUUCUUAGGCAUCUGAGAAUCCACACUGGAGAGACACCCUACACCAGUGGGUCUCAACCAGGAGUACACGUCCCCCUGGGGAUACGCAGAGGUCUUCCAGGGGGCACAUCAACUCAUCUCGAUAGCUGCCUAGCUUUACAACAGGCUACAUAAAAAGCGCGAGUGAAAUCAGUACGAACUCAAAUUUCCUACGGACAAUGACUUGUUUAUACUGCUCUAUAAGUUAUACAUUGAAAUGCAAGUACAAUAUUUCUAUUCCAAUGGAUUUAUUUUAGAAUGCUAUGGUAAAAAUGAGAACAUCAGCACAUUUUUAGUACUAGGGUGGCCGGGACACUUUUGUAUUUGUAGGUCUGGUUUUGUAAGCAGGUGAGGUGAAACUUUGGGGGACGCAAGACAAAUCAGACUCCGGAAAGGGGUACAGUUGUCGGCAAAGGUUGAGAGCCGCUACCCUACAGAGAGCUCUCGCCUUAUCACACAUCAGAGACUCCCCAUGGGUGAGAGACCCAACACAUGCUCUGAGUGCGGGAAACGCUUUGGUCGAAGGUCAGGCCUUGUCGCCCACGAGCAUGGGCGGGGUGUACCGUAGGCUGGGGCAGGCCGGGCCUCCCUGUGACCAAGUGGGGGAUUUUCUUAUCUUUUCGUGGUUUUCCAAUGGUUUGCAUGCAGAGGGGGUGAGACUCAGUGUCCCUGAGUGUUACUGGUUUAACGAGGGGAGGGGAGAGGGAGUUUGUGGGUACACAGGACCGGAGAGGGAACUUGGGACCCCAGCCAAUGGCCUAGAGGAGGGAUACCCCGGCGACUGGUGACCUGACGACCCUCACCGGAGACCCAGCUCAGGAGUCGUAGCCGGUUCUGGCCAGUGGGAGGACAGUGGGCUGCGGGGACAGGACCCCGGUGACCGGACCAGCCGGUUCCAGCCAGAGGGGGACGGAGAGGAGAGGAGGCCCAGAGGACCCUGUUUACCUGGAAAGAAGACAAUGGACAGAGGCGGGGCUUGGGGUGGCUGGGGCCACACAGCACUGGGGGGCCCCCGGGUGCUGGGGCUGGGAUCCUUUCUGUCCACUCUGUGGCGGGAGGCGCUGGGAGGAGGGAGGUGCUGAUUAGGGCAGGCUGCCAGUUCUUUUUCCAUGGGUGCUCCAGCCCCACGGAGUCAGCGCCUAUGGGACAGAAUGUCUCAUUCCCAGUUGUUCGCGUGUUGAUCAGAGUGGUAGGGGAAGAUUGCACUAUAACAAAAAGCAGCCCAGGGGAUAAACGUCAUUUCAGCCUCUCUUUCCUGAGGGAGAUCAGGGAUUCCCUCCUUCCGCAUCGCCAUCAAGAUCCCACUUCUCCAAUCCCAGCCCAGCCGUCCGCGUGAGCCGCAACAGAAUUUAUAAUCCCCACUUUCUACCCCUCCAGCUCCUGCAGUGCCACACGAUACAAUGUUCGCAGCCCUCUGCGGGUGAGUUUUCUCGCUCUCAUCCUAAAUCAAACUCACUGAGGCUGGAGGUGAAAGCGCUGGAGGGAGUGAUCAGUCCCUGUUUUAAUCCUGGUUUCUGUCCAUCGGAAAAGUAUUUCUGAGUUUUUUCCUGCUGAGACGGGAUUCUUUGCAAGGUGGGAACGUUGGCUGUUUUCCCCCAUUACCGUGAGGCUAAAACUUUUUUGGGGGGAAAUAGGACUGGUGAAUAAUAAUGAAGUGGCUCUGAGUGAAGCAAGUUUGACUGCACCAGGGGAGAAUACAAUCUUCUCAUUUUGAGUCAUCAGACGUCACCUGCUCUGGAAUUUCAUUUUAUAGGAAAUUUGAAAGUGUCUGACACCCCUUUGUGUGCUGGGGUUUCCUCUCUGUCCUGAUUGGUCAAAUAUUGGGAUAUUAGUUUUGUUUGACAGCUAGGGCCGGCUCUAGGAUUUUUGCUGCCCCAAGCAGAAACAAUUUUGCCCCCCCCCCUUCUUUUCUUACCCCACCUCCGGCCCUGCCUCAGCUCCGCCCCUUCCCCAAAUCCCCAGCCCUGCCUCCUCCCCCCAGGCUCUCAAACCUGGGAGGGAGGGGGAGCAGCGGCGCGCAAAUCAGCUGUUUCGCGCGCCGCGGCCACUCUGGAUCUCCCCCUCCCUCCCAGGUUUGAGAGCCUGGGAGGGAGGGGGAGCAGUGGCGCGCGAAUCAGCUGUUUUGCGUGCCAUGGUGCGUGAGCGGCAGCAGCGGAGGUGAGCGAGGGCGGCCGGGGCACAUUUUUAGGGGCGGCAUUCUGGCAUUCUUGUUUUGCUGGUGCCUAGAGCCGGCCCUGUUGACAGCAUCAGCUCAGAUUGAUGGGCGGGGGGGAGGGGGCUACGAGAGAAACGAUCAUUCGCUUAAAACACACUGACCCCCCGCAUAUUGGCUUCCCAAAGCUGUUGCGGCCCAGACCAGACGGAAGGUUACUCCUGAAAAUAUCACCUUCUUAAUCAGGUGCCGUUUAGACCAUGCAAUUCCUAGCUAGGUGGAGACGGAGGAAAUGGAAUGAACCGUGUUGUGGCGCUAACCCCUUGUAAAUGCUGCAACCGUGGAUGAAACGAAUCGAGCGUUGAAUGUGAGAGAGCUGCUGGAUUCUGCCUGUUUUUUGAUAGAUAGGGACUGUGAUCCAGGCCUGUGUCAAGUCCCUAAUUUAGGUCUGUACCAUCAGAUUAAAUAAAUAAACUGGACGUGUUUGGGGAAGCCGUUCCUCAUGAUUACUCCUGAGAUUUUGGGCGGAUUCUGCUCCUGAGAAAUAUGACGUUACCCCCAUCCAAGGCCAAGGAUUAGACACGAAUUUCCAUAGAAAUAGCAGAUGUCCAAAGUUCCAUGCUAUGGUGGCCUAUGGCCAGGUAAACUCUUUGUAUUUAGAACCUGUGACGAAGUGGGAAUGUUCUUAAUAUUUUCUCGGAAUACUGGGUGGGUGCCUCAGUUUCCCCUAUGCCUUUCUUAAGUAUCUAGGUGGUGGGAUAAGGGCAUAUGAUUGUUGCAGAGCCCUAGAGGGGCAGGGGCGUGCAGGGGUCUGCACAGAGAAUGGCCGACACCCUGUCUCCUGGCAACUGAUGGUCUGGGCCCCUCCUUCGCAAGGUGCCAACUGAAGGUGCUGGAGAACAAAGAUCAGGUGGUCUCCUUGCCUGGGAAAGAGACAAAGGCCAGAGGAGGGGGUGGAGGGGGUUUCUGUUUGGAGCUGGCUGGGGAAAUGGAGGGAGGCCCAGCACUGGGGUCUGGGGUCCCCACCCCCCAAGAUGGACCUGACUGAGGGGUCCUGUUUCCUGUACCUUUAAACUCUGUUUUGGACUGUGUUCCUGUUGUCUAAUAAACCUUCUGUGUUACUGGC